CACGGCCUAGUGGCCAGGUCCCCAGCCUUCAGUUUUCUCUGGAACAGGCACUGCCACCCCGUUGGUCCUGUGGGGUGGAAAGGGCAGUUGGUUUUGAACCAGAGAACAUCCCAGUCGUCCUGCCUGGUCUCCGCUUCCCAUUUAAGUGGGGGACCCAGAUCUCAGCCCAUACCUUCUCUGGUCCGGUCAGCAGUGCCUUCUCUAAAUAGUUGUGUGCUGUGGUCCAGGUGUGUGGCUGAGGCCUGGAAGGUUCCAUGUCUUGCUUGCCCUGGGCUUACAUCCUGGGCUGCCCCAGUGCUGCCUCCCCAAGCCCCUCUCCCCACAGGAGGCCCGGCCCUGGUGGUGCUGCUAGUCUCCUGGGCAGUGCUGGGCUCCCACAGCCUGGAGGAAGUGGAGUCCGCGGCACCAGCAGACCCUGAGGGCCCCCAGUGCCCAGCCGUCUGCUCCUGCGGCCACGACGACUACACAGAUGAGCUCAGCGUCUUCUGCAGCUCUCGGAACCUCACGCGGCUGCCCAGCGGCAUCCCAGACGACACCAGGGCCCUGUGGCUGGAUGGAAACAACUUCUCCUUCAUUCCCGCGGCCACCUUCCGGAACCUCUCCAGCCUGGGCUUCCUCAACCUGCAAGGCAGCGGGCUGGCCAGCCUGGAGCCGCAGGCGCUGCUGGGCCUGCAGAACCUGUACCACCUGCACCUGGAGCGGAACCAGCUGCGCAGCCUGGCAGCCCGCACCUUCCUGCACACGCCGGGCCUGGCCUCGCUCGGCCUCAACAACAACCUGCUCAGCCGGGUAGACGAGGACCUCUUCAGGGGCCUUGCCCACCUCUGGGACCUCAACCUGGGCUGGAACAGCCUGGCCGUGCUGCCCGACACUGCGUUCCAGGACCUGGCCAGCCUACGCGAGCUGGUGCUGGCGGGCAACAAGCUGGCCUACUUGCAGCCCGCGCUCUUCUGCGGCCUCAGUGAGCUCCGCGAGCUGGACCUGAGCAGGAAUGCCCUGCGGAGCGUCAAACCCAAUGUCUUCGUCAAGUUGCCCAAGCUCCACAAGCUCUACCUGGACCACAACCUCAUCACCGCUGUGGCCCCAGGUGCCUUCCUGGGCAUGAAGGCGCUGCGCUGGCUGGACCUGUCACACAACCGCGUGGGUGGCCUCCUGGAGGACACCUUCCCGGGGCUGCUGGGCCUGCACGUUCUGCGCCUCUCACACAAUGCCAUCGCCGGCCUACGGCCCCGUACCUUCAAGGACCUUCACUUCCUGGAGGAGCUGCAGCUUGGCUACAACCGUAUCCGGCAGCUGCCGGAAGAGGCCUUCGAGGGCCUGGACCAGCUGGAGGUGCUGGCGCUCAACAACAACCAGCUACAGGAGCUCAAGGCAGGCGUCUUCCUGGGCCUCUACAACCUGGCCGUCAUGAACCUCUCUGGCAACUGUCUGAGGAACCUUCCAGAGCAGGCGUUCCAGGGCCUGGGCAAGCUGCACAGCCUGCACCUGGAGGGCAGCUGCCUGGGCUGCCUCGGCCCACACACCUUCACCGGCCUCUCGGGGCUGCGCCGGCUCUUCCUCAAGGACAACGGCAUUGCGGCCAUCGAUGAGCAGAGCCUGGGGGGGCUGGCCGAGCUGCUAGAGCUGGACCUCACCUCCAACCAGCUCACGCACCUGCCUGGCCAGCUCUUCCAGGGCCUCAGCCACCUGGAGUACCUCCUCCUGUCCCGCAACCGGCUGUCUGCGCUAUCGGUGGAUGCCCUGGGGCCCCUGCAGCACAUCUUCUGGCUGGAUGUGUCGCACAACCGCCUGGAGGCGCUACCUGAGACUGUGCUCGCGCCACUGGGGCGGCUGCGCUACCUCAGCCUCCGGAACAACUCGCUGCGGACCUUUGUGCCGCAGCCCCCCGGCCUGGAGCGCCUGUGGCUCGAGGGCAACCCCUGGGACUGCGGCUGCCCCCUCAAGGCCCUGAGGGCCUUCACCCUGCAGCACCCGGGCGUCGUGCCCCGCUUCGUCCAGGCCAUGGCAGAGGGAGAUGACGGCCACCAGCCGCCCGCAUACGCCUACAACAACAUCACCUGCGCCAGUCCCCCCAGCAUCUCGGGCCUUGACCUGCGCGACAUCGGCGAGGCCCACUUUGCCCACUGCUGACCCGAGGCUGCCCUGCGGUCUGGACGGGCCCUUGCCACCCCAGGGGACAUGGACCUGGGACCUGUGGGCCCCAGCCUGGUCCCUGAGGGCCUGACCGGGAGGGUCGGGGACACAGCCUCCCCAACUAUCAAUUAAAAGCAACCCAAUAAAUGUGGCCACGUAUGAGGUUGUGCGGGGAGCUCAGGGAGGGAGGAGUGCUGGCUGGGCCGCAGGCCCCUCUAUGCCAUGCCUGCCCCACCUCUGGCUGCCUUGGUCCCACAUGCCCAACCACAACCCUUCCUGUCCUGUGCCCAGACAAUUCUCGUCCACUAGUCCCCAGGCCCCAUCCCCACCUGAGGAGCGGGGGGCACUUACUCAGGUCCUCCAGGAACCUCGGCAUCUCAGCCCCCUCGCUGGGCAGC